AUGACUGAAAUAUCUGAAGCUGAAAAAAGAAGAAUUUUGAGAGAAAGAAGACAAAAGAAAUUUGCCUCGGGUGGAGCCAAAUCCAGAUUAGAAAAAAUAACUGGCCAAGCCGGUAGCCUUAUGACAACUGAAUCUCCAAUUGGUACAAAUGUCAAAGAAGCUACUAGUGAAUUGCAUUCAGGCAAUGGUGCAUCAGCAUCAUUAUCAAGAACAGCAGAAGUGGCCAAAGAAAAACCCGCCGUUAUUGAAGAUAUAUCAAACCCAUCACAACAAGGCAAAGUAGAUAAUCCUAGCGUAGAAAUCUUUAAGCAAUUGGCUACUAAUAAUCCAGAUAGUGUCAACUCUACUCCAGACCUAUUUUCGCUUUUAGGGUCCAUGUCUGGUGUUAGUGGCGUUCCAAACGAACCUGGCUUACCAGACUUAUCAAAUUUUCAAAUGUCAACUUCUGUCGAUCAAGAUAUCUUAAAGUAUCAUAAUUAUUUAGUUGACAGACUAAAGGUUUGGUCAAUAUUAAUAAAAUGGAUUUUCUUUUUGCUUCCAUUGGCCUAUUUAAUUACUAGGACUGAAGAAUCAUCCUCCAUUAUUCCAAUUCCAGAAAGUUUGCAAUUUAUUACUUCUAAAUCUAAUUUUUUCACUGUUUUUAUCACCUUUGAGAUUGUUGCAACAUCUAUAUAUUAUCAACAAUUAAUGAGUAUUGAAAAAGCUAACAAAGUUGAUACUCUACAAAAUAAUAGCAUGAUACUAAAGGUUUUAUCAUUCAUCCCUGCAGAUAAAUUUCCAAUUGCAAAUAUUAGGAGUUUGGUUGGUUUAGGUUUACAAUAUUGGGAUGUCUUGUAUAUGUUCUUAGGUGAUCUAUGUUUCAUGUUAGUCAUUCUAGGUUUAGCAUAUAUAUUUUAA